UACAUAUUAAGUGUAAGCAAGGCAUGACUGAUGCAUAUUAAACUAGACUGUCAUUAAAAUGAAUGUAGUUGAAUGUAGCCAAGCUCAAGACAUAAGUUGUUUUCCACAGUACAAGCACAGCACUUCAAUUCCACUUCUGUUCCUGAGAAGGUUUUGUCAUUUUAUCUGUGGAGAAUUAAGAAUAAUUUAAGUGUAUGUCAGUAACAAUUGCACGUAACCUUCAAGUCAGUGUCAGGUUGGAUUUGUCAAUGCAGUGUCAUAAUCUUUUGCCACUGCAUCAGAUGUGUUCUAACGCUAUGUUGUUGUGGUGGGAUUGUUUAAUGAGGUCUGUAGGUUUAUAACUGUUUUAUGUGGGUUUUGUUUUGUUUUUGCAGUUAUAUGGUUUCAAAAAUGUCCUCUAAAAUGGUGGGCUCAAACAACCUGGCACAUGCUAGGAGGAUGGUACAGCAACUGAGAGUCGAGGCCAGUAUUGAGAGGAUAAAGGUAUCCAAGGCCUCAGCUGACCUCAUGCGUUACUGUGGAGAAAACGCCAAAUACGACCCCCUGCUCAUGGGCAUCCCUGCCUCAGAAAACCCCUUCAAGGACAAAAAGCCCUGCACUAUAUUGUAGUGUAACAAGUAUUAAUCUAAUUUAAUUACUUCUACUCAACUUUGCCUUAAGUUUGGCUCUUGCUCCUUAGUAUAACUUUGUGCCAUGUCUUAACUGUAUUUAGCUCUUACAGUAUUUAUUACUGUAAAUAAACUCCAAUCAGUACUAAUUAAUUGCCAUUUUGGUAAUGAUUAGAAUUGAAUCUCAUCUUUACCAGCAUCACUUGUCUUCUGUUUGGUUGUUUGUGCCAAACUGAAUUGAUCCUAUAAAUCAAGCCGUUUAGAUGUUUUAAAUGGGCUUAAGUUCCUCUUUCCACCAGAUGAUGCCUUUAGUUAGAAUUUGUUUGAAAUAGGGAAGUAGCACAACACAUUAUGACACACUCAACGUGUGUUAUAUAUUCCUCUAGCAGUACAUAUGAAUAAUGUUAUAGCAAAGCGACUGACUGAAAUAAAUGGAAUUUAAAGAUUAAUAUUUUGAUUUGGAUUAUGAGUCUAAUGUGACUUCUGCAAUCACUGUUUAAGUGCAUGCUGGGUAAAUAAAACAAUAUGGUAAAUCUCACAUCACACAAAUACUGAUUUGUUCUCAAUUAUAGGAGCUACUACUUUGCGCAAAACCAUUAGAGACGGGUUACUGGUGUGCUUUAUAGGAAAAGAGAACUGAUUUCCCUGCACUUUCAAACCCAUGUGCCAUAGAUUGUUCAAAUCAGUACUUAUUACAGAUAUACACAAAUGUAAAGAUGACAUUUUAUCUGUUGACACUGAGUAACUUUUCUGUUCCAUUUAGAUUUAAAGGCCUUUUCCUUCUGAUUUAAAUGUAUUUUUCCUGUGCCUAGGAAAUUUGUAAAACAGAGACUACUGUUGUUUGAUCUUGUCUAUGAAUUGAAUGUUUUUUCCCCAAAAAGCGCAGUUGUGACAUUCACACCUUUAUUGGGGCAAGCAUCAUAUACUGCUGCUGCAACAUCUGUAUUAUUGUGGAGAGAUCAGAGAAGUUAUGCAGUAUUUGAGAUUCACAACCAAAUACCUGUGACCUCAGUAUCUCUGUGAAGAAACAAGUUUCCUUUUGAACUUUUUGGUGUUUCUUUCUAUUCUAAUUUCAGAUUUUUUUUUUCAUAACGUGUACUGUACCUUGAAAGAAAGAUUUUAUUAAAAUUGUGAAAUAGUAAAACUAA